AUGAACGAAACGGAUCGUUAUCUGGAAAAAUUGCUGGAUGGAGCUGAAGUUCAGUGGGAAAAACUAGGGGACGUGCUUCAGCGAACUAAAGGCACAAAAAUAACUGCCGGACAAAUGAAAGCUCUUCACAAAGAUAAUGCGCCGCUUAAAAUCUUUGCGGGAGGAAAAACAGUAGCCUUUGUUGAUUUUAAAGAUAUACCAGAGAAAGAUAUUAAUAGAGAACCAUCGAUUAUUGUCAAAUCCAGAGGUGUUAUCGAAUUCGAGUAUUACGACAAACCAUUCUCUCACAAAAAUGAGAUGUGGUCAUACCACUCGAAUAAUGAUGCAAUAAGCAUAAAGUAUAUUUAUUAUUUCCUGAAAACAAAUGAGGGAUAUUUCCAGAAAAUUGGGAGUAAAAUGCAAAUGCCACAAAUUGCAACUCCUGAUACAGAUAUGUUUGAAAUCCCAAUCCCCUGUCCGGACAAUCCGGCAAAAUCCCUUGCCAUCCAGUCUGAAAUCGUGCGAAUUCUGGACAAAUUCAGCGAGCUUACAGCAGAGCUUACAGCAGAGCUUACCAUGCGUAAAAAACAAUACAACUACUAUCGUGACCAGUUGUUGAGUUUUAAAGAGGAUGAGGUUGAGUGGAAGACUUUGGGGGAAGUGGCUCAGUUUAAGCGAGGAACAGCAAUUACCCAAAAACAGACAACACCAGGAGAAAUACCAGUAGUUGCCAAUGGACCAAUUCCUACUUAUUUUCAUAAUGAGAGCAACAGACAAGGUGAAACAAUCGUUAUAGCCAGAUCUGGUGCCUAUGCAGGAUAUGUCAGUUUCUGGAAUCGGCCAAUAUUUUUAACCGAUGCCUUUAGUGUUCAUCCCGACUUAAAAAUUGUAAAACCAAAAUUUAUUUACCACGUGCUACAAAAUAAACAAAAGCAUAUCCAUGCAAUGAAAAAAGGUGCGGGUGUGCCUCAUGUCCGAGUUAAAGAGUUUGAAACCUAUGAUAUACCUAUACCUCCUAUCACCGAACAAGACCGUAUCGUUUCUAUACUCGAUAAAUUCGACACCCUGACCAACUCCAUCACCGAAGGUCUUCCGCGUGAAAUCGACUUGCGCCAGAAACAGUACGAAUACUACCGUAAUUUGCUAUUCAGUUUCCAAAAAUCUAAUGUAAAGGAAGUCGCUUGA